AUGGUUUACACUACAAGACAAAUUGGCGCUAAGUACACCUUAGACUACAAAUUAUACAUUGAACAUGAUGGUAAAGUUGUUUCUCCAUUCCAUGAUAUUCCAUUGUAUGCCGAUAAAGAAAAGGGUAUCUUAAACAUGGUUGUUGAAAUUCCAAGAUGGACCAACGCCAAAUUGGAAAUCACCAAGGAAGACGCUUUAAACCCAAUUAUUCAAGAUACCAAGAAGGGUAAAUUAAGAUUUGUAAGAAACUGUUUCCCACAUCAUGGUUAUAUUCAAAACUAUGGUGCUUUCCCACAAACCUGGGAAGAUCCAAAUGAAACCCACCCAGAAACCAAAGCUGUUGGUGACAACGAUCCAUUAGAUGUUUUAGAAAUUGGUGAAAGUGUUGCUUAUACUGGUCAAGUUAAACAAGUCAAAGUUUUGGGUGUUAUGGCCUUGUUGGAUGAAGGUGAGACCGAUUGGAAGGUUAUUGUUAUUGACAUCAACGAUCCAUUAGCUCCAAAGAUGAAUGACAUUGAAGAUGUUGAAAAACAUAUGCCAGGUUUGUUAAGAGCCACCAAUGAAUGGUUUAGAAUUUACAAAAUCCCUGAUGGCAAGCCAGAAAACCAAUUUGCCUUUAGUGGUGAAGCUAAAAAUAAGAAGUAUGCUUUAGAGGUUAUUAAGGAAUGUAAUGAAGCCUGGAAGAUAUUGAUUUCUGGUAAAGCUGUUGAUUCCAAGAAGAUUGAUUUAACCAAUACUACUUUGAAGGAUACUCCAACAUAUAAACCGGACACUGUUAUUCCAAAGGCUGCUCCAUUGCCAGAUGCUCCAAUUGACAAGUCUAUUGACAAGUGGUUCUUUAUUUCUGGAUCUGCUUAA